AUGGUUGGACCAACUGCGACCCUCACGCCUCUCGCCCGUACUGACGGUUCCGCAUCAUACCAAUGUCCGGCCACCGGCUUCAACAUUCUCAGCUCAGUCAACGCGCCUGUUGAACUUCCCGGCCGUCGUGACGCAUUGAAGCCCGAGGAUGCCACUGUCGAAGUGCUCGUGAAACCCGGUACCGCUCCGAACGGCGUUGGUGAACAGUAUGUGAAAGAGAUCAUCAAGAAUAUGCUGGGGAAAUUGGUCCUCGGACGUGAGAGGGGAUUCCCGCGUCGGGGUGUGGUUGUUACAUUGGCGGUUAUUGGUGGUGAGAGUGUUGCACGGGGUGAUUCGUAUCUGACGAUGCUUCCUGCACUCCUUCAUGCUUCGCUGCUCGCUCUUCUCUCCGCCGCUGUGCCUCUGUCGAUGACUUUCUCGGCCACGGUUCUGGCAGUCACCAGGCCAGGCGAUAUUGUUUCGGAACCGUCUUUGAAAAUUGCCAAGGCCGCCACAUCGUUGCACGCUCUGGCGUUCUCGUCCAAGGGACAUUUGCUGCUCAACGAAAGCCAAGGUACCUUCGAUUUCGACACAUGGGAACGGGUGCACGACCGCGCGUUGACACUUUGCCGUGGUCAGGCCGGCGGUUCCGAUGAGGAUGUCUCAAUGGCGGAGAACGGAGACGGACAACCUCUGGAGGGCUUCAUCCGGGAGACUGUGGAGGAUAAGGUUCAUCGCGACUAUGCCUGGAAGAUCGAUGAGGAUUGA